AUGACAUUGAGCUAUGGAAUUGGUCAUCAACUCGAAGUUGAUGGACUUCCAAAGCGUCCACACGAGACAAAACGUCUUUAUUACAGUAACUAUGGUCCCUCCUCCUCCUCUCCCAUGUUAUUCAUUGGUUUUUCAGAUGCUACAUUACGUCGUUACGUGAUUGAUAAACGUCGAGGUUGUAUUCGUUGGGAAGCAGAUUAUAAGCGAUUUUAUCACACUUGUUGUCGAUUUUUACAUCAGUGGGGUGUUUUUGUAACGGCAGUGGAUCAUCAAGUGAAACUCUAUGAUCUUCCAUUGCGUAAUCAUGCACAUUCUGUGACUAGGGAGGAGUUAAAAGAGACGAUACUCUUUGCAGCACAUGAAGAGACCAAGAGACUUUGUGUCUUGAUCAAAUCCAAUACCCUAAAGGUCUUUGAUUGGACAAUUAAUCGAAUGCUUGAAGUACGAGCACAAUAUGAACUACAGACGAUAAUUCUAUCCGUUCGACAAUUAAUUAUGCUGAGUGCAAAUCACGUGUUUCUGCAAGGAAAGAAUCAGUGGGUGAUUCUUCAUUUAGACAAUGGAAAAGUCGUGCAUGUGUCGGAGAAUGUAAGAAAUACAAUCAAUAAUGCUCUUGAAGGAAUACAUCCAGUUUGUGAUGCAAUACCAUUACCUAGUCGGUCUUUAGCUCGACGACAACAACACGUGAUGGAGUUGUUACUAUGUGGUAAACGUCGUGGAGUGAUGUUAUCAAUUAAUGAAGAAAGUGAAUCACUGGAUGAAGAAAUAGAUGGUUAUGGAGCUUUUGAGAAUGAGGAUGAUGAUGAUGAUGAUGUAGAUAUGUUGGACGAUAGAAGCACAGGGGGUAAAGCACUUGAUCUAUUGACUUGCCAACUAACUGUAAGGGUGGAGAGAAUCAUUGAAUACAAUGCAGCCCCGCGUGAUGUGCAUUAUCAUCAUCCAUUCUUACUGCUAGACCAGGCGGAACAAAUUGCAGUGUACAACUUUGGCUCGUUGGAAUUGGUCCAGACAAUUCCAGUGAAAAUGCCUUAUGGUAUGUGUACUGUCAGCAAUGUGGCUUCUGCGACUGUGGGAUCGAGUGCAAAUCGAUUGCAGUUUCGACAUGACCAACCUGCGACUUUGUUCACUGUAUCUCCGUCCUUUGAGGUUCAAGCUCACCAAAUGCUUCCAAUUGCGCAGCAAGUUGCUGAGUCUUUGGGAAAUCGCCGCUUGGAAGAUGCAGUGGCGCUUUGCAAACUUUGCCCGGAGGAGAGUCCACUCAGUGUCGCUGAUCAACAGAAAUUGUAUGCUGACUAUGGCUUCAAACUGUUUAAAUUGGCGCGGAGGCAGGAAGCGAUGAAUUAUUUGUUCGAAAGUAAUAUUGAUGUUAUGGAGGUACUGCUACUUUUUCCACGGAACCUACUUCCUCGCAAGGCCAGCGCUCUACGCAAAGAAAACAGCAACAACAAUAAAGAAUCAGUUUUCGAGGGCAAUGAUUUAGUAAAGAGCUUGUUAGCUCUCAUCGGGUUCUUACGCCGUAAACGAAACGCUUGUUUACAUCAGGAUGAAGAAUUGUCAGCUUCUGGAACAUGUACUCAUCGCAGCCCUGGACCUAAUGAAGAGCGUGCACUCGAGCUAAUUGAUACCAUGCUAGUCAAAUGUCUCGUUGUGGUGUCUGAAAAGGCCGAGUAUGCAGAGCGCGCUAAGCAUGCACUGCUACAGGUCGUAACUGGACAAAAUUGGUGCGAAAUUAGCGAAGCUGAGAUUUUUCUCCGAGCCCAUCGACAGUUUAAGGUGCUACUGGCAUUUUACUCUGCUCGCAAGUUGCAUCGUAAGGCGCUGGAGCUGCUCGAAGAUCUUGAGCGCAGCGCGGCAUCCGCUGCUACUCUCUCCGAAAAGAACGAAACAGGUCAAAAAGUGAAUGAAUCACCUAGUUCGGAGGAUCUGCAAACAUCGCAUGACUAUAUGGUACUUAUUGCACAGUAUCUUCGCACAUUGGGCAAAAAGCAUGCAGAACUGGUUUUUGAAUUUUCACGACGCGUCUUGUCCGUCAAUCCUACGCUUGGACUCUCAAUCUUUACACAGCGCGAAGUACCCAGCUCAAAAACAGAUAUCGAUUCAGCUGCAGUACUUCAGCACCUUAAGAGCUGUACUAUCGCGAUUUCAAGCACUGACUGGACUCUGUCGGAAAAAGAUGUCGACGACAUAGCGAAAUCCAGUCUGCCAUUGAUCAGCAGCCAAAUGCUGGCAAUCGAGUAUCUUACACAACUUAUCUAUGAAGGGACGCGCCAACUGACACCGCGGUUGCAUGACGAAGUAGUGUACUUGUUAUUGGAUUUGAUCCAGGCCAAGGCACAGCAGAAUCAAAGACUCACUAGUCGUGUGGAAGCACAACGUGAUGCGAUUGGACUUUUACGUCGCAAGCUGCUACAGUUUCUUGAUUUUCCUGGAGCUGUUUAUCACCCAGAACGAAUGUUAAGUCGUACACCUGUUGAAAUGGUGGACGAACGCGCGGCGCUCCUUUCGAAACUCGGACGUCAUCAUGAAGUACUUCAACUGUAUGCUCUGGAAUUAGAGGACGCUGCUUUGGCAGAGGCGUAUUGCAACCGAUGCUACGAAUCAAUGACGGCUGACUCAUCUAUCUACUCAACGCUGCUGAAAAUUUACUUGCACCCACAAUGCCGCACAGGCAGGACAGCAUCCGGAAUGGCGUCGCCCGCCAUCAGCUCCCGACCAAAAUCUUCAAGCUCUGACUUGCAGAGUGGGGCUGUAGAUGCUGCCAUUAAUUUGCUGAACCAAUACGCUGAGCGGAUUGAUGUAUCUACAGCUCUUGAGCUUUUGCCAGCUAAUGUACCUGCUGCACCUUUGGCAACGUUCUUUCGUCGUGUUCUUGAAUGCCAGGUCCAGCGUUUUCGCAAUGGACAAGUAAAGAGGCAGCUUUCAAAGAUGGAGAAUUUCAAGGUUCGAGAGCAGCUUUCUAUGAAGCGUAAAGGAUCCGUCACAGUGUGGUCGUCACAAUGCUGCCAGUUUUGUGGCAAAAAGCUUGGAGUUGGCACAUUUGUGCGCUUACCGACUGGAACCUUACUGCAUUAUUCCUGUCAGCCGUUACCGUAG